AUGGCUCAGCAACUCUACUAUCUGCCGCGCGGCUCGCGCAUCCUGGUCACCGGCGCGAACGGCUUCAUUGGGAGCAAUGUCGUUCACAGUCUGCUUGAACUAGGCUACAAGGUUCGCGGGACUGUCCGCGCACCGAAACCAUGGCUCGAUGAGAUGUUCCGCGGGAAGUUCGGGCGGGACUCGUAUGAGUCUGUUGUUCUUACUAACUUUGAGAACGUGGAUACUCUUGUUAGUGUAAUGGAUGGUGUGUCUGGCGUGGCGCAUGUGGCAUCAGAUGUUAGCUUCAGUGCGAAUCCGGAAGAGGUUGUGCCGUGGGUGUUGAGAGCUGUUCAUAAUGUGCUAGAGGCUGCAUCGAGAAAUUCCGCUAUCCGGCGGGUUGUCAUGACCUCUUCUGCGGUCACGGCGUUGUUUCCGGAGCCGAAUAAGGAGGGUGUUGUUGUUCGUGAGGACUCCUGGAAUGACGAGGCUACCAAGCUAGCCUAUGAUUCGGAUGCUCCACCACUUGUGAAGGGCCUUUACACUUAUGCUGCCUCCAAGACCGAGGGAGAGAAGGCAGCGUGGAGAUGGAUGGAGAAGAACAAGCCAGGCUUCCAAUUCAAUACCGUGUUACCGGAUUUUACCCUCGGGAGAAUCCUACAUGAACAGAUCCACGGCUCGACAAUGGGCUGGGUUACUGGCCUACCCAAAGGUGACACACGUAUUUUUGAGACAUUUGUGCCGCAAUACUUCUGCGAUGUUAUCGAUAUUGCGCGUCUACAUGUGGCGGCCCUCCUCGACCCAAAUACAGUCUCCCGUCGACUCUUCGGAUUUGCAGCUCCGAUCAACCUCACUGAUAUAAUCUCAGUCGUUCGAAAGCUCCAGCCUAAUAAUACAUUGAUUCCUGAACCUCCUGUUAACGAGGGCCGUGAUCUGAGUGAGAAUGACAUACCCGUCGCAAGUCCUGGACAAAAUGAAGUUCUCGUCAAAUUAACUUGCACCGGCCUGUGCCGCUCAGAACUCCGCGCUGUUUUAGCCUGGGGUGCAUACAACUCCAUCAUCGGCCACGAAGGGGUCGGCAUUGUAGUAAAAGCAGGGCCCGAUGUCUCGGAGUCCCUUCUCGGUGAACGAGUCGGCGUCAAAUGGCUCUACAGUGCAUGCAACAAAUGCUCGGUCUGCAAGCGAGGGUUCCCGAACUAUUGCGCACAGCAGCUCAAUACAAGUCGCCAUGUUCCGGGGACAUUGCAGCAGUAUGUUAUCGCCGAUGCGCGGUUCCUGACAUUGAUCCCCGGGGGCGUAGCCGAUGAAGUUGCAGCACCGCUACUGUGCGCUGGACUUACGAUGGUUGGUGCUUUGUCGAAACUUGAUCAUGAGCUGCAGGUGGGUGACUUUAUUGUUAUUUCGGGGUCUGGGGGAGGUUUGGGCCAUAUUGGGGUGCAGAUUGCAUCCAGGAUCAAAAAUUUGCGGGUUAUUGCGGUUGAUAGCGGUGAUGAUAAGAGAGCUUUGAGUUUGGAGUCUGGGGCGGAGGUUUUCUUUGAUUACAAGACUGAAGAUGUGGUUGCUCGAGUGCGUGAGUUCACUGGGGAGGGUGCGCAUGCGACAAUCGUCGUGCCGGGUACGAAGGAAGCAUUGCAGAUGGCGCCUAACCUGGUGAGAAACAUGGGGUUUGUUGUGAAUGUUGGGUUGCCACCGAAUGACUUGGAUAUUCCUCUUUCGGCUACACUUUGCACAGCGAGAGGUCUCACCUUUAUAGGGUCAUCUGUGGGUACGGAGGAUCAAUUGACCGACUUACUGCAAGCUGCAGCUGCUGGAAAAAUCGCACCAUCGAUCGAAGUCUUUGAAUUCUCGGACGUGCCGACUUUGAUAGAGAAGCUGAGGGAUGAUGGUAUUAUGGGACGCGCAGUGAUCACUUUGCCACAGUAA